AUGAACUGGCUAGAAUGGAACAAGACGCUGUUUUCAGAUUUCAACUAUCUUUGCUUGGUUGCGACGGAGGAGCUGGAUGGAGACCUAAAGUUAUGGACUGCCCUCAUGUGGUCCUACAUCCCCCUGGCCCUAUUGGCCUGUGUGUUGGUGUCUGCAGAAACCCAGAGUGAGAGGGAAGAGAAAGCCAUGGACCCAGGAGCUGCUAGAUCCAUGUUGGCAGACAUUGCUAAGGAGCUAAUAGCACGGUCUGGCACUAGCAGUCAGGUUCUUAGUCUCAACCUGACCAAUAUGAUCAUCCUGCUAGUGCUGAAGGGGUUGCUGCUAGGGGCGGCCAUGUGGGGUACAGGAGCGUGGAAGGGACGCAGUGUAGACGAGGUUGUGUCACCCCCCUCCAUAUCACUACUGACAGAGUCUGAGCUGGUGUUGCUCAUUAGCUACUUAAUGGGUGAAGGAGACAAUAAGUACGAUUGCUUUCUGCGAGUCGCCUGCCAGGAGCCCAAGAAGGCCAGGGAGUAUUUGGCUGCUGGUACCAUGUUGAUCAAAGGAGCCAAAGCCAUGGGGAAGAUUAUCCCAGUCAACCCUAAAUAUGAGAGGUUACUGCAAGAGCUACACAGAGCGGUACAAUACAGCAGUUCAGGAGGAGUAUGUGAUCAGAGGUAUUCCUGUGGCCAGAACAAUGUGUAGCUAGCGAACAACCUUCAAAUCUCAAACUUUGCAGCGACUGCUCCAACAAUCAAAGUGGAAACUACUCAAGAUAUUAAGAUAAAUUAAGGUCCGUGAGU